AUGCGCAUAACCGAAUUGCAAAAGAAGUACUCGUAUGCACACGGUAUCUCACGGUUUAUUAAUAUUCAUUACUGUCGUCUCUGGCAGCAUGGUAUCGUGCCCAUUGUAGAGCCUGAGAUCCUGCCUGAUGGUGACCACGACUUGAAGAGAUGCCAGUAUGUGACAGAGAAGGUUCUGGCGGCAGUGUACAAGGCUCUGUUGGACCACCACGUGUACCUGGAGGGAACGCUGCUAAAACCCAACAUGGUGACCGCUGGUCACUCUUGCUCCCACAAGUACGCUCCUCAGGAAAUUGCCAUGGCAACCGUCACCGCCCUGCGUCGCACGGUUCCCCCAGCAGUUCCCGGCAUCACCUUCCUGUCCGGAGGCCAGAGUGAGGAGGCCUCAAUCAAUCUGAGCGCCAUGAACCAGUGUCCCCUGAACAAACCCUGGGCCCUCACUUUCUCGUACGGCCGUGCCCUGCAAGCCUCCGCGCUCAAAGCCUGGGGCAAGAAGGAGAAUGGCAAGGCCUGCCAGGAGGAAUUUGUCAAAAGAGCCCUGAACAACAGCGCAGCUUCCAUCGGUAAAUAUGUCUCCAAAGGAGACACCGCAGCUGCAGCGGGAGAGUCUCUGUUUGUGGCCAACCACGCUUAUUAAAGAAACACGUCCACUGGAUCAUCUGUUCUGUCACC